CUGCCACUCACAAUCCGUCGCCUAGUUAUGUGUUGGGAAAAGGACUUUGCGAAAUAGCAGCGAUGUCAGUCCAGGUUUUGGCAGCGGAAAUGGCCGAGGUCGAAUUAAAAGACGUCCCCAGCAAAGCAUUAACACCCGAAUCGCCUCUGACAACAAAGGCAGACGACAAAGGGAUAGUUGAAAGCGAACCAAAAGCUGUCGCUACUUCGGCUACUACCCCAACGAUGGAGCCUAUCGUGAAAACCGGGGACCCGAGCCCUGGUUUUCUCACCCCGAACACUAAGAUGCCGCAGGCGUCCGCGAUGAAACGGACAGAUCCCCAACAAAACGGUGGAGAAGCUUUCGUAAAUCGCGACGGUACCGUGGCAGAGGCCCCAAGAUUGAAAAAGAUCCAGUUUGCGGACCAAAAACAAGAGUUCAACAAACGUCCCACCAAGAUCGGCCGCCGCUCUCUGUCCCGAUCCAUCUCCCAGUCCUCCACAGACAGCUACGGCUCAGCUGCGUCGUACACGGACAGCUCUGACGACGAGACUUCUCCUCGGGACAAGCAGCAGAAGAACUCCAAGGGCAACGGAGACUUCUGCAUCAAGAACAUCAAGCAAGCAGACUUCGGACGCAGGGAGAUCGAGAUCGCUGAGCAAGAGAUGCCAGCCCUCAUGGCCCUGAGGAAGAGAGCCCAGGGAGAGAAGCCGCUGGCUGGGGCCAAAGUAGUGGGCUGCACCCACAUCACAGCUCAGACAGCCGUGUUGAUGGAGACGCUGUCUGCCCUGGGGGCUCAGUGCAGGUGGGCUGCCUGUAACAUCUACUCCACUCAGAAUGAGGUGGCAGCUGCUCUGGCCGAGGGAGGGUUCUCUGUGUUCGCGUGGAAGGGCGAGUCGGAGGAUGACUUCUGGUGGUGCAUCGACCGCUGCGUCAACCUAGAGGGCUGGCAGCCUAACAUGAUCCUAGAUGACGGCGGAGACCUGACCCACUGGAUCUAUAAGAAAUACCCCAACAUGUUCAAGAAGAUCAAGGGAAUCGUGGAGGAGAGCGUCACUGGAGUACACCGGUUGUACCAGCUGUCCAAGGCGGGGAAGCUGUGUGUCCCGGCCAUGAAUGUCAACGACUCUGUGACCAAGCAGAAGUUUGACAACCUCUACUGCUGCAGGGAGUCCAUCCUGGACGGUCUGAAGAGGACCACUGAUGUAAUGUUUGGGGGGAAACAGGUGGUUGUGUGUGGAUAUGGAGAGGUGGGGAAGGGUUGCUGUGCUGCUCUCAAGGCCAUGGGCUCCAUCGUGUACGUCACAGAGAUUGACCCUAUCUGUGCCUUGCAGGCCUGCAUGGAUGGCUUCAGACUGGUGAAGCUGAGUGAGGUGAUCAGACAAGUGGACAUUGUCAUCACUUGCACAGGUAAUAAGAACGUGGUGGUGAGAGAAUACUUGGACCGUAUGAAGAACGGCUGUAUUGUCUGUAACAUGGGACACUCAAACACCGAGAUCGACGUGGCGAGCCUGCGGACCCCGGAGCUGACCUGGGAGAGAGUGAGGUCACAGGUGGACCACGUCAUCUGGCCCGAUGGCAAGAGGAUAGUGCUGCUGGCUGAGGGUCGUCUGCUGAACCUAAGCUGCUCUACAGUCCCCACCUUUGUCCUGUCCAUCACCGCCACCACUCAGGCCCUGGCUCUGAUAGAGCUGUACAACGCCCCGGAGGGACGCUACAAACAGGAUGUCUACCUGCUGCCCAAGAAGAUGGAUGAGUAUGUGGCCAGUCUUCACCUGCCUACGUUCGAUGCCCACCUCACUGAGCUGAGUGACGAGCAGGCUAAGUACCUGGGCUUGAACAAGAACGGGCCCUUCAAGCCAAACUACUACAGGUAUUAAACCAACUCUGAAAUGAAGAAAAUACCGAGGCUCCAAAAAUCGUACAGAACCCAGAAGAAAGGAGAGGAGGACGGAAUAGUCACACACCUGCUUUUUACAAGAGGGGAGGAGCUAUGUGCUAAUUGCUCAGAGUGGAGGGCGUGGCUUACCUGCGCUUUGGCAGUGUUUUAUUUAUUUCCGCUAGAAUAAUGUAACUAACCUUUUUUUGAGCUGCUCCUGCCAUUUUGCGCUCCUUAGCAAGCGUCUCCUGGGGAUUUCGUCUUCUCUUAGCUACUUGUCUGUCUGUCAGUCAGUCGUACGUAAACUCCGUUGCGAGAUCUUUUUAUUGUUCGUUUAAAAACUAAAGAUGGAAAAACUAUUAAUGAAGAAAAACCAAUGUACAAAAAAAUCUCUGUGUGAAUGAAAGAUGACCUCUGAAGAUUUAGUGAUGGACGUGUGGUUCAUGUCCUGUUGUCUGUAUUUCCUACUACUUUUUUUUUUUUU